AUGACCGUUACCGCUUUUGCCGCCGCCAUGCACCGACCUUUCUUUAAUGGAUAUCCAUCUAUGCAAGAUAUGAAUGCCGGCCAAGGCCGUGUAAAUCAAUUGGGCGGCGUUUUCAUCAACGGCCGUCCCUUGCCCAACAGCAUUCGCUUGAAGAUCGUCGAAAUGGCUGCUGAGGGCAUCCGCCCCUGUGUCAUUUCGCGCCAACUUCGCGUUUCCCAUGGUUGCGUUUCAAAGAUUUUGAAUCGCUAUCAGGAAACUGGAUCCAUUCGUCCCGGUGUUAUUGGAGGCUCCAAACCACGCAUUACCACUCCAGAAAUUGAAAAUCGCAUUGAAGAAUACAAACGUGCCAACCCCGGUAUCUUCUCGUGGGAAAUCCGUGACAAGCUAAUCCGUGAUGGUAUCUGUGACCGCACCACCGCCCCCUCUGUUUCCGCAAUUUCCCGCUUGGUUCGUGGCCGUGAUGGCCCCUCAGACAGUUCCGAUGACCAACAACAACCACAAAAGAGUUCUGGCUCAGAUGCUGCCACCAAUUCCCAUGAAGAUGUCUCCGAUUGCGAAAGUGAACCCGGCAUUGCCCUAAAACGCAAACAACGUCGCAGCCGCACCACCUUCUCCGCCAUGCAAUUGGAAGAACUCGAAAAGGCCUUCGAACGUACCCAAUACCCUGAUAUCUAUACUCGUGAAGAGUUGGCCCAACGCACCAACCUAUCUGAAGCCCGCAUUCAAGUUUGGUUCAGCAACCGUCGUGCCCGUUUGCGUAAGCAAAACACCUCAGGCGGUAACACCGUUGCCACCGGUCAAGUUCCCCUAAUGGCUGGUAUGGGCUCUUCCUACCCCACCAUGUCUCAUCAUGUUCCCUAUGCUGCCAUGAUGCCCUCUGAAGCUUCUGUUGCUGCUGCUGCCUAUCAACAGCAAAUGUAUGAUUUCUAUGCCGGCCAUCCCUCAACAGCUGCUGUUGCCGCUGCCGCCGCACCAGUAGUGAAUACCAACGCUUCGGCUGCCAUGACUCCUCCCCAUCAUCAACUAUACAACAGUGUAGCCAAUAAUGGCGCCCAAUAUGCCACAGCUACCAACGCCGCUACCACCACCAACAUGAACAUGAAUGCUUCCGCCUAUGUUUCAUCACAACAUGCUAACUAUGCCACUGAGACUGAAACCACAGCUCCAAUUGCUCCACGCAAUGAUAGUCCCAGCGAAUCGAUCAACUCAGCCUACGGUUCCACCAACAUCCAAUUGCCACCCACUCCCAACAGUUUAUCGGCUGUAAUGGGUGCUGGUCCACAUUCCGUCAAUGGCAACAGCCAUGAAGAUUUGCAAGCUGCCCUUAAAUCUGAAACUUCCAAUGCCAUUUCCCAUCAUCAACAACAUCACUACAACAACUGGAAUCAGGCCCACAACACCUCCACAGCUACAGCUGUAAGACCCUCGGCUCCACUGUCACCUGAAGAUUCCCUAAAUUCAUCAGGCCACGAAUCGAAUGUACAGGCCAGCAUUACCAGCUCCAAUUCCGCUCAUCAUAUGUAUCCUCAUGCUGCCGCCGCUGCUGCUGCCGCUUCUCAAUACUCUUCCUACUCGCAUCACAAUGCCCAUCAUUCGCAAUAUCCCCAUCAGUAUGCCAGUGCCAGCCAACAAUUGUCCUUUGCUCCCCAUGGCAGCUCAACCGGUGCUGGAGCCACUACAUCUGGUCAUUUCAUGCAACAAAACUUCCCCGGUUUCAGUUCACCAUCAAAAAUGAACUAUGCCGGUGUUCCUCAACAUUUCUAUCCCACCUGGUAUUGA